CCAGUUUCCCACCAUAUGCAUAUUCCACAUAUACCUUUUCUUCCACUCCCUCCCUCUCUCUCUCUCACAUUCUCUUGCAACUGCAACAGACUAAAAAAUGAGAGGGGCUAUCUUGUUGUCGGUGCUACUGUUUGCCACCUGCCAAUUUUCCUUAUCCAUCAGAGACGGAUUAGUUAAAAAUGGCAACUUCGAGCUCGGCCCAAAGCCAUCGGAAAUGAAUGGCACGCAUGUUAUAGUUCCCACAGCCAUACCAGAAUGGAAGAUUUCUGGGUUCGUAGAGUACAUAAAAUCAGGGCAAAAGCAAGGGGACAUGUUGCUGGUGGUGCCAGAAGGAGCCUAUGCAGUUAGACUUGGAAACGAGGCAUCAAUUAAACAGGUUCUAAGAGUUAUAAAGGGCAUGUACUAUUCAAUUACGUUUAGUGCUGCUAGAACUUGUGCACAAGAGGAGAAAUUGAACAUUUCGGUGUCCCCUGAUUGGGGUGUUCUGCCAAUGCAAACAAUGUAUAGUAGUAAUGGGUGGGACUCCUAUGCUUGGGCCUUUCAAGCUGAGUUCCCUGUGGUGGAUCUUGUCAUACAUAAUCCGGGAGUUGAAGAAGAUCCUGCUUGCGGUCCUCUUAUUGAUUCUGUCGCCAUUAGAGCUCUGUUUCCUCCCAGACCAAAUAACGAGAACAUACUGAAAAAUGGAGGUUUUGAAGAAGGUCCGUAUUUGUUUCCCAACACAUCUUGGGGUGUGUUAAUCCCACCAAACAUUGAAGACGAUCACUCUCCUCUUCCAGGGUGGAUGGUAGAAUCCCUCAAAGCAGUCAAGUACAUAGACUCAGGUCAUUUUUCUGUCCCUCAGGGGAGACGAGCCGUAGAACUUGUAGCAGGGAAAGAAAGUGCCAUUGCCCAAAUAGCCAGAACCAUCAUUGGCAAAACCUAUACCCUUUCCUUCGCAGUUGGUGAUGCGAGCAACUCCUGCGAAGGUUCCAUGGUGGUAGAGGCUUUCGCAGGGAAGGAAACACUCAAAGUGCCUUACGAAUCAAAGGGCAAAGGUGGGUUCAAGCGUGCAGUGCUUAGAUUUGUUGCUAUUUCUAACAGAACAAGGAUUAUGUUCUAUAGCACAUUUUACACCAUGAGAAGUGAUGAUUUCUCCUCCCUUUGUGGACCUGUUCUUGACGAUGUGAAGUUGUUAAGCGUUCGUAAUCCACGAAGAAUGCUAUAAUGAAGUAAUUAAUUACCAAGAAUGUGAUUUUGUUACAUAAAGAGAAGCCAGCAGUACGGUGUACGAGUUUUCUGUGUGAGUUAUUAGCAAUAUAUAAUAUCAAAAAAAAAAAAAAGAAUAUACAUAAAUAUAUACCAAUGUAAGGAUACUUAUGGUAUGUGAUUUUAUGAAGUGGUAAUGUAUUUCAUUAGUAGUAUAAUAAACAAGGAAAAGUUCCACUAAAGUUUCUUCAA